GCAAAGCGAGAAACAUCCGACCAGUACUGAUCCUUUAACACUGGUUUACUUGGAGUUGAAGCGGUAGGACAUACUGAAGUCCUGCUUUUAGCAUCACACGCACAGAAAGCUUCUCAAACUCUGCAGCUGAAGCUCUUUAUGUGAAAACAUGAAUAUGAGUACAGAUGAUCUGGAUGUGUACAGUGGAAUUGACUAUGACCCUAACAUCACCUAUGACUAUCCAGGGGAUGAGUCUUUUGUGAAAAGAGGCAGUGAGGCAGUGUGGGUCCCUGCUCUGUACUCCAUAGUGUUUUUUGUUGGAAUCCUGGGAAAUAUUAUUCUCCUGACAGUUCUGGUUCAAAAGAGGAGACUGUGGAGCCUAUCGGACACCUUUAUUCUCCACCUGAGUAUCGCGGACAUCCUCCUCCUGUUAAUGCUGCCCUUCUGGGCUGCACAGACAACUGAGCUUUGUGACUGGUUUUGGGGGAUUUUCAGCUGGGUCUUUGGGGUCAUUUUCAAGCUCAACUACUACUGUGGGAUCUUUCUGCUGGUUUGCAUCAGUCUUCAAAACUAUCUGUCAUCCAUCCGUGACAUCCAGUUAUAUUCCCACGGGAGGCACUGGUUAGUUCACAUCAGCUGCCUGUUAGUCUGGCUUAUCUCUGUCCUCCUCACUGCACCUGACUGGAUUUUCCUGGUGGGUAAAAAUAAUUACACAGAAGAUAAUACUUGUGUUAAUAUUUACCCUCAAUCUGGAACUGACUGGCAGUUGUGGUCACGCCUGCUCCACCACAUAUUUGGCUUGGUGCUACCUGCAUUCAUGCUGAUGAUCUUCUCACAUAUGCUAUGGCGGCAGUGCAGCUCUAAUGGGGCCCGAAUCCAGAGAAAUGUCACCGUCAUCCUGUCUCUGGUGGUCGUAUUCUGUCUGUGUUGGAUGCCGUACAACUUCAUACUUGUUUUGGACACUCUCCAGAACAGACUUCGGGAUCCUCCUAACGAUUCACAGGAAGGUUCUGAAAGUUCACUAAAAACCCUUCUCAUGGUCACCUCUGCGUUAGGCUGCCUUCACGCCAGCCUGAGGCCUCUGCUGUAUCUCGGCCUGUGUGGAAACUUCAGGCAACACUUACUGGCCAUGCUGAGAUGUAAUAAAACUGAACCAAAAGGCUCACUCUGGGAUCUUGGUGUAGGCCAGAGACAGCAGCCUGACCACGAUCAGGAUCAACAGCAAGAGCUGAAACAGGUGACGGUUGUAGAGAAUCCGUUAGCUUAUUGAAGAUGAAAAGAGAAAUAUGCUCUCUUCUGACUCAGAUGUGAGCAGCAUGUUGUUUCACUCCUGAGAGGAUAUGAAUUCAAUCUCAUGUCAACGCAUGGAGGACUUUAUUCUGUGUAACUGACAAGUAGAUAUUUAUCUACAAAAACUACUUUCACAUUUCACUAUAAUGCUAAGGUUUUGGAGAUCCAUCAUGGUGACUCAUACUAAUCCAAAAGCACAAAAUGUAGCUCUUUCUUAUUAUUUUAAAUAAAAAUAUAUAGUUUUUUUUAAUCAAUAGUGAAAUAUCUGUGCUGUUAGUGAACUGAUUUUAACACAUUUAUCAUUAAGCUAACGCUGUAACCAUUGAAAGUUGAUAUACUGCAAACUGUUAUCUGUGAUAGUAUUACUGACUUCUUACAUUAAACAACACAUAAACACUUUUUGUAACUUUAUUGCCAUAAACAUAGUUUCAUGUUUCUUUUUAUGUCAUUGGUGGGCAACUCCAGGCGUCGAGGGCCGGUGUCCUGCAGGUUUUAGAUAUCAUCCAGGGUCAACACACCUGAAAUGAAUGAUUACCAGGCCUGUGGAGAAUUUAGCCAUUUAAAUCAGCUGUGUUGGAUCAAGGACACAUCUUAAACCUGCAGGACACCGGCCCCUCGAAGCCUGGAGUUGCCCAUCCCUGUGCUCUGUUUUGACUCUGCUUGAAACGAUGAAGAUGUCAAUUACUUUUUAUUCAGCAACAUUAUUUAUUUACAUUAUUUUUUUGCACCCAAACACACACAAAUACUUUGGAACAGCCUUUUAACUAAAAGUAAACUUAGCAUUUAAAAACAUAUUUACUCAUUUAAAUGUUAAUUUUACAUUUUUAUCAGAUUUUUUUGUUUUUGUUUUUGCUGAAGUUUGUACAAGAUGUGUUUUAUAUUUAAAACUGCAUUGUUUUUAUGAUGUUACAGAUGUGUCAACAAACGUUUUUCACUUUUUUCAAACUGCUAAAUUUGUUAAUACAGCUCAUCAGAAUUUAACAAUUAAAAAAUCACUAACAUGCACCAUAAACACUUUUUAGAUCAGCAUCAAUGCUUUUUCAAUAAGGAGAGAUCACUUGUAAGGAUUAAGCAUGAUUUAUUGAGAUGGAGAAAAUAAUGUAUUUGGUGAUUAGAGUUCAAUGACUCAUCAUGGCAGAACCGAAUCCCAGUGAUUGAGUUUUUAACAGGAUCCCCUCAGAGUCUAGACACUGGUGGAGGUGGUGAAGAUGAAAACUGAGGGUUGAGUAGAGCUCUGGCUAAGGUGUCUGAGGUGUAGCUGGGGAGGAGGUGAGUUGCAUAAAAGAGAGUCUGAAAGGGAGAAUGAUGGAGUGGACAGAUUUAAACCGAAGCAGACGCUGAUUGGCUCAAAGAAGGCGAGUGUGAAGAUGAUUGGACUAGAAUAAUGAUGUCACUUGUGAGAUUAGCAGCGUGGGAAAGCAGUAGACACACCCAGGAAAGCAGGCAAGUGUGUGAUUACAGAUCUUCUGUAUUGAAUUUACACAUAAGCUUUAUUACUACAGCCCUAAUGGUGGUCUUCAUUAUCACCAGCAAUACACAGCAUUUCCAGAAUACAUGCAUUGUUAUUAUGCCACAAAUUAAAUAGAAAAGCUUUUACAGCUUUCAGCCCUGCAGCCUGUGUUUUUCAAUUUUCAUAUUCAUAAAAAACCCUAAAAAAUCUCUGGGAGAUGAAUAAAAUAGAACUGUGCAUAUGUGCUUAUUUACUACGCUGAGAGCUAAGGAGAAAAAACUGAUCAUGGUUAAAAUACAGAAUUCAGCUACUUGGUGAAUACUUUGACCCAGGAUGAGUGAAUACAGAUCUUCGUUAUUGAACUUGCACAUAAGCUUCAUUUGUAUAAACUAGUGACAGAGGAAAAAGUGGCCAUAAUUUCACCACACGUCAUUUACUUUCUUGCAGUAUGCACUGUAAAAAAAAAAUCUCUCUGCAUGUCUUAUAUACCUCUAAUAUAUCUUCUGCAGAUUUGUUUUGUUGUUGUUUCCAUAUAUACCAAAAUGUAACAAAUAUCCAUAUCGCUUUUUUAUCCAUAGUUAUUUUGUCGUAGUUUGUUUUAAAUAAAGCAUUUUUGGAGCACAAUGGAGACAUGUUAAAAUGAACUGCGCAUAGUAAAUUUGAAUUUUGAAAGAUGUUUUCACUUUUACGAUGAAGAGUUUUUUUUUUUAAGACAAAAUUUAAUUAUAUGAAAAAUAAGCAUUUUGUCUAUGAAAAUGAAUUUAGCCUUUAGUAUUGUAAGUAAAAUCCUCACCUGAUGACUAUAAAGGGUAUAGUUCAGGGUGGGAUCGACAUCCCCUGGAAAUCCUGUUAUUUUUAAAAGGAUGUCUAAAAAUGAACAGACCUUAACUGAACUCACCUAAAUAACACAAGUGGAGAUGUACACCUCCACUUGUGUUAUUUGGAGAGGUUCAAAGGAUUGCUUUCAGUCACUUAGAAUUACAGCAAACCCCAAUUUGUACUUUUCUUCAUCAGUUUCUACUCUGGAUUUUGUUAUAUGUUUUUAAUUAUGUUUGUUUGUACAUAUUUUUACAGGUUUGAGUUUUAGGUUUGAUGUCUUACAUAUAUGUGUAUUACCAAGUUAUUUUUUGUAAGUUUUAGGUUAUUUUCAACAAAAAGGUGAAUGAAAGCUAAUUCAUCUGCCGUCAUUCCUCCAAAUAAAGUAAAUCAAACAAACUAGAGGCUUCAAACGGGACCUGAAUCAUGGAGUACACAGAGGAAUUUAUCAACUGUUCUGUGUUUUUUUUCAACAGUUGUGCACUGUUUUUACAGCUGUUUCCAACGCAAUGGUUUUAUCAGCAAGUGAGUCCAAUUUCAUAGAAUGAUCACCAAAGAUUCCUUUAAUUAGUCUGUUGGCUGUGUGGGUGUACUUUAAUGCUGCAAACAGACUUGAUUGUGCUAGGUUUAUGUUACACUGCUAAUAAAUGCAGUGUAACAUACAGAAAACAAAGUAGCCACUUCUUCUUUCAGGUUAUAUAACACAAAAAAUAUACAAACAUACAAUGGAUGUGCUGAUGUUUUUGGCUUCGUGUCCAUUCAUGUCCGUUUUGUAGACUUGAUAAGAUUUGUUUGACAUCAAGGAAGGGGAUGGGGGGUCAGAUUGACCAGAACACAGAGACCUGGGAAUGCUCAGGAGCCGAUACCGGAAUUCCACACCCACGAAGGCAUACAGAAUCAGAUGCUGUGACUGAACAAGCUUUGUUGCUUGUGUCAAAAUGAAAUGUUUUCAGCGUGUGAUAUUAUACAGCUUCCAACAGAGGAAGAAAACCACAACGGCUGCCAUAAUAAUCUUAAAAGCUUUCUGCUUUUUAAAUCCCUGGGCACCACGCCACAGCUGAUCCAUGCUGCAGGAGUAACAGAAGAUCAUGAUGGCCGAAGAAAGCAUUUAGACCACUAUUUCAUAAAUCAAUGUGAUUCAAGCUUCCAAGAAUCUACUGCCUGUUGGCCAAACUUGGGAUAGCUGUGAACACACUCUUCUCUACCUCGUCUUUCAUCCAACACAUCUUCUAAAAAAUCCAGUCAGAGAAAGGAAGAAGCAUCGACUGGCCUGAAUGACCCAAGGCUUCUUUGGAAAUACAUCUAGUGUGGAUGAUCGACAGGUAGCAGUCAGGACUGUUUCAAACCAGGAAACUCAUAAUAGAAGCUAAUCUAAAUGUACCAAGAAAUAAACGUGACCUCUGCUAAAUGAUACAGGUACAGGCACUUUCAAAGCAUCUUCACUCCAGCACAAUACUUACUGUAAAAAUUGUUCCAAUGACAUGUUUCCUAUUGCUACCCUACAAGUUUACUCCAGGAAACCCUCACACAGUACAGUAUGCAGAUGACAAGGUCAUUUACCAUAAAAAAUCAUUGACAGAAAAACACAAUUAUUCAUUUCACUAAUAAAAUGUAGGAAGAAGCAGUAAGGUGUUGUUAGUGAAUGGCAUCUAUUUUGCUGUUGUCUACUUGGGGGGAGGGGCAGCAUCGGUGACAGAGAUGCCAUCAGGAUCAAGAAACUAAUCUGCAAGGCCGCAGUCAUCAUUGGUCUGAAAUUGGAGGUGUUUGGAGUGAGGGACACGAGGUCACUGAACAAACUGCCCUCCAUCAUGGACAACCCAUCACAACAGCUCCACUCCUCACUUCUGAGGCAGCAGAGCUCCUUCCCCCUCAGACUGAUUAAACCUUGCUGCCAUAAAGAACUCUACA